AUGGUGGAGAUCGUGGGCAUGGACGACUUGGGGGUUGGCAUCACCCUGGGUGCCCACCAGUCCAUCGGCUUCAAGGGCAUCCUGCUGUAUGGCAACCCUGCCCAGAAAGAGAAGUACCUGCCCAAAUUGGCCAAAGGUAAGAACCAGCCAAAGACCCUUCAGGUUGAAACGUGGCAUUGAAUAAACUGUGAGAGCAUUCAACAGUGACUGAGUAUCUAUUUAUCUUUCAAGACAGCUGGAGCUAGUAUCAUUUUUUACCAGAAAGAAUGGUGUGAAUACUUAGUCAAUCUCGUUCAACCACUAUUCUUCAGACUGGCUUAGUCUUUGCAUGGAGUUGUGGAUCAAAUAGGUCCUGUGUGUGGGACUGAUGGAUGUUGUACUUUCCUCUGUGUGUGUGUGUGUGUGUGUGUGUGUGUGUGUGUGUGUGUGUGUGUGUGUGUGUGUGUGUGUGUGUGUGUGUGUGUGUGUGUGUGUGUGUGUGUGUGUGUGUGUGUAGGAGAGAUGAUAGCAGCGUUCUGUCUGACUGAGCCGGCCAGUGGUUCUGACGCUGCUUCUAUUAAGAUCAUAGCAGUACGCUCGCCCUACAGAGAGUACUUUACACUCAAUGGAGGCAAGAUUUGGAUCAGGUAGGUGGACACACACACACACACACACACACACACACACUAGUCCAGGUUUUUUCUAUCCACAUGGGGGCAGUAUUGUUCAGUAUGCAUUCACGAUCAGUGAAUUUAUCCCGGGCAUCAAUGGUUUACAUUUCGCCUAUCUUACUGUCCCUCAUAGCAAUGGAGGCCUGGCUGAGAUCUUCACAGUAUUCGCCAAGACCCCGUGAAAGAUGAGAAGACGGGAGAGAUGAAGGACAAGAUCACUGCCUUCGUGGUGGAGAGGAGUGACACAGUGAGUAGUUAGACGGGUGGAUGAGGUUAGUGAGGGAGCGGGAUUGAUGAUUCAGAGAUAAUGAGAUGAAUGUGUUAUCCUGACCUUUUCAAGUGGAAAAUCUGGUUAUUACAUUUUCACAAAUCCUCUGUUCUUUCUUCCAACCUUGCCCUCCUUCCCUCACCUUCCCCUCAUCCCUCUCUACCCCUAUCCUCAUCUUCUGCUCCUCCUUCUACCCCCUCCCCUCCCAGUGGCCCCCCAGAGAAGAAGAUCAAGGCAUCCAACACGGCGGAGAUGUUCUUUGAUAACGUGCUCGUGCCCGCCGACUGCGUCCUUGGCGAGGUGCGUGGCGGCUUCGAGGUGGCCAUGAACAUCCUGAACAACGGACGCUUCGGCAUGGCCGCCGCCCUCUUCGGCACCAUGAAGGGAGUCAGUUAUCAGUAA